GGGAUUGUCGUCUGCAUGGAUGGUGCAGAGCGCGCCUGCGCCUGUGUCAGACACGAGCAUCAUGCAGUUCGCACUAAAUCUUGAGUAUAUCGAGCGCGCGUUCUACGAGGAAGGCCUGGCGCAGUUUGAUACCGCAGCAUUCGCCGAUGCCGGGUACGAAGCUUGGGUUCGCGGUCGCUUCCGCCAGAUCACGGAUCAUGAGAAGGUCCACGUCGCCUUCUUGCAGGAGCAGCUCGGCUCUAAUGCCCCGGAGCCGUGCAACUACAGCUACCCCUACACGGAUGUCCAGUCGUGGGUGUCGCUCUCUCAGACCCUAGAGCAAGUCGGCGCCGCUGCGUACAUGGGUGCCUCGAGAUUCGUUGACGACAAGGACGUCUUGACCGCUUCUCUGGCCAUCUCUCACAUCGAGGCACGCCAAGCAGGUUGGGUGAACUCCGCGGUGCAGAAGCAGCAAGCCUGGGAUGGUGACUUCGAGACACCCCUAUACUUCAGCGGUGUCUGGUCGCUUGCUUCCGGGUUCAUCGUUGAAUGUCCGUCCAGCAACCCAGAACUUCCGGUGGCGAGCUUCCCUGCCUUGACCGUCUCCGACUCUUCUCCGGCCAAGGGCUCGAACAUCAGUGUGUCGUACAACAGCACCAGUGCUGAUGCGGCAUGCCAGACAUACUUGGCGUGGUACCACGACAUGAAUGUCACCUACACGAGCAUCGACGAGAACGGUGCGACCACUGUGCCUGACGGGCUCCGUGGCACGGUGUUCGCGGGAGUGGUGAAGAACGAGACACAGAUAGCUGGCAGCGACGCGACGAUGCUGAGUGGGUUGGCCAUCUUUACCUUCCCGUACGGCUCCUAUGCUAUUGUGGGAGCGUGAAGUGGACUCUAUCGAUACAAGAUUACGUAGUUUAAUAGCAGGUUGAUGGUGUGUUGCGUGGCAAAGGCGUUG